AUGCCGCGAGAUCCAUUGAUCGGCCUAGUCGGCAAACCUUCGGCUGGCAAGAGCACGACCCUGAACAGUCUGACCGAUGCCACGUCCAAAGUUGGUGGAUUCACGACCAUCGAUCCGCAGCGUGCCAUUGGCUACCUCCAGAUACAAUGCGCCUGCGAGAGGUUCAAGGUGCAGGAUAAAUGCCGCCCCAACUACGGGUCGUGCGUGGACGGUCGGCGCUCGGUGCCCAUCGAGCUUCUCGAUGUCGCGGGGUUAGUCCCCGGCGCCCACCAGGGUAAGGGGUUGGGCAACAAAUUCCUCGACGACCUGCGCCAUGCGGAUGCGCUGAUCCACGUGGUGGAUGCGAGUGGGAGGACAAACGCCGAGGGCGAGAAUACGCGGGGUUACGACCCGUCGCAGGAUAUAGCCUGGCUACGUAGCGAGAUCGUACAAUGGAUCAAAGGCAACCUCUGGGAGCGGUGGGGCUCGAUUAAGCGGCGCCACGUUGCUGUCAAGGCCACGGCCGUCGAGACGCUACAGCAGCAGUUCUCCGGUUACGGGAGUACGUCAUCCGUUGUCGCGCGCACGCUGGACAAGCUCGCGCUGAAAGAACCGCUCGAGGCCUGGUCCGAAGAAACGGUAGAUCGUGUCGUGGCCGCCUUCACCGACGAGAAGUUCCCCACCGUUAUCGCCCUGAAUAAGAUCGACGAUUCGGAUGCGUACACAAAUCUCAUGAAGAUCACCAAGCAACAGGACCCCAACCUCGUGGUGCCUUGCUCGGCUAAAGCAGAGUUGUUCCUACGUAAAAUGGCAAAGCAGGGCUACAUAAGAUAUACGGAAGGAACCGAAUUUGUGGACACCCGGGAAGACUUGAUUGCCGACGGCGACCCGAACGGCGGGGGCCUCAAGGAGUUAGAUGAGAAAAACAAGGCUACAAUCGAAGAAUUCAGGGACAUGAUCCUAUUCAGAUACGGCUCUACUGGGGUUGUGCAAGUUCUGUCCAAAGCGGCCGAGAUACUGGGUCUGGUACCCGUCUUCCCCGUGAGGAAUACGACAACCUUCAGCUCAGGCUCAGAUACCAAGGUCGCCUUCAGAGACUGUGUCUUAGUCAAGAAGAACUCCACAGUGGGCGAAGUUGCUAGGAAAGUCAUGGGAGAUGCCCCAAUAGCCUAUGUGGAAGGUGUGGGAAGUGUACGUGUAUCUGAGGAUGCUGUCGUUAGCCCCGGCAAAAACGAUGUAUUAUCAUUCAAGGUAGGACGAGCGUAA